CUUUGUGGCUGAUCAUGAAUGCUAGUGGGACUGGCUAUCCAUUAGCCUCUCUAUAUGUGGGAGACCUCCACCCAGACGUGACCGAAGCCAUGCUCUAUGAGAAGUUCUCUCCCGCUGGGCCCAUCAUGUCCAUCAGAGUCUGCCGGGAUGUUGCCACACGCCGGUCGCUUCGCUAUGCUUACAUAAACUUCCAGCAGCCUGUGGAUGCUGAGCGAGCCCUGGACACCAUGAACUUCGAAGUGAUCAAGGGCCGUCCCAUCCGCAUCAUGUGGUCCCAGCGGGACCCUGGGCUCCGCAAGUCAGGGGUUGGGAACAUCUUCAUCAAGAACCUGGAUGACUCCAUUGAUAACAAAGCCCUGUAUGACACUUUCUCUGCCUUUGGAAACAUCUUGUCCUGCAAGGUGGUUUGUGACGAGAACGGAUCCCGUGGCUAUGGCUUUGUUCACUUUGAUACUCACGAGGCAGCGGCUCGGGCCAUUGAGACCAUGAAUGGAAUGCUGUUCAAUGACAGGAAGGUGUUUGUUGGCCAUUUCAAAUCCCGCAAAGAGCGUGAGGCAGAGUUUGGGACUCGGGUGAUGGAGUUCACCAACGUCUACAUCAAAAACUUUGGGGAUGACAUGGAUGAUGACAGGCUGCGGGCAAUCUUCUCCAGGUUUGGAAAGACUCUAAGUGUCAAAGUUAUGAUGGACAACACUGGCCGCUCAAAGGGCUUUGGGUUUGUCAACUUUGAGAAGCACGAAGAAGCCCAGAAGGCAAGAAGUUCCUGCUGCCUCAGCCCUGAGCUUGCACCCUGCUCAUCUUCUCACCUCUCCCCUGAGGCAGUGGCCGACAUGAACGGGAAGGAGAUCAAUGGGCGUGUGGUGUACGUGGGCCGAGCCCAGAAGCGGCUGGAGCGCCAGAGUGAGCUGAGAAGGAAGUUUGAGCAGAUCAAGCAGCAGCGAGUGAGCAAGUACCAGGGGAUCAACCUGUAUGUGAAGAACCUGGAUGAUGGGAUAGAUGAUGAGAGGCUGAGGAAGGAGUUUUCUCCCUACGGCACCAUCACUAGUGCCAAGGUGAUGACAGAAGGUGGCCACAGCAAAGGGUUUGGCUUUGUAUGUUUUUCCUCUCCAGAAGAGGCCACCAAGGCUGUGACAGAAAUGAACGGGCGGAUCGUCAGCACUAAGCCUCUCUAUGUUGCACUAGCUCAAAGGAAAGAGGAACGGAAAGCGAUCCUCGCCAACCAGUACAUUCAGAGAUUAGCCACCAUGAGGGCCCUGCCUGGCCCUCUGCUGGCCUCCUUCCAGCCCUCCCCGGGGUACUUCCUACCCUCAGUCCCCCAGCCGCAAACCAGAGCGACCUUCUACAGCCCCAGCCCAGCCGUGCCGGUGCACCCUGCCGCUCGCUGGAGUGCGCAGCCCCCGCGGCCCGCCCCAUAUCCUGCAUCUACUCCCAUCCUGAGGGCUGCUGUACCACCCCGGCGCCUGCUGUCCAACAUCAGCACCGUGAGACAGGCCUCUACCCAGGUGCCCCGUGUGCCCCACCAGGCCCAGAGAGUGGACAUUCCCAUCCCUAUUGCAGUCAACAUUGGGACGCAGACAGUCAGUGCCCGGGUGCCCCCCUCGCCCACCCUGCCACGGGGAGCCCAGCAGUACAAGUACUCCUCAACUGUCAGGAAUGCUCAGCAUAUGGGACAGAUACCAUCUGUGGUGGCCUCACAGGUGAGAGAAUCUGCUGUGCAUGUCCAGGGGCAGGAGCCACUGACAGCAUCUAUGCUUGCAGCAGCUCCUCCUCGGGAGCAGAAGCAAAUGAUAGGUGAGCGCCUCUACCCUCUCAUCCACUCGAUGCAUCCCUCACUGGCUGGCAAGAUCACUGGGAUGCUGCUGGAGAUAGACAACUCAGAGCUGCUGCUGCUUCUGGAGUCCCCCGAAUCCCUGUGCUCCAAGAUCGAGGAGGCGGUGGUUGUUCUCCAGGCGCAACAGGUCACAGAGGCAUCACACAAGGGCAGUGCUGUGACAUUCCCGCAGUGACCCUGGACUUCAGGACUGAGAAUGAGCUCUGAGAGCAUUGCCUGUGAAGAACAGCAGCAGCAAUCCCGCUGUGGUUUUGGAUUCAUGCCUGGCUUGUCUUCAGUGCCUCAUCCUAAUUUUUGUGUGUAUUCUAAACCCUGGCAAACUGCUUUCUCCUGCACUUGUACAAAAUAUUAUUCCCACAUUGAUUGUGUUUUUUUUUCUCACUACUGGCAGCACCUUGUAAAAUGUAGUGUGGAACCCAGGCUGGUUUAGUUACCCAGAAAGUAAGUGCUGACUAAUCACCGUUUUAGUGAGUUUGCUGGGUUCUGUAGUUUUAUUUGCUCCUGACACUAAUAAAGAACCAAUGCUUCCACACGCAA